UGCGCCUGCGCGGCGCCAGAUCCCGGCGGGCAGUUUGAAUUUUGCUCGCUGAGUCGCGUCUCGCGAUCCUAGGCUUCGGCUGAGACCAAGGUUUGCGUGGCUCGCGACUCCGGCAGGAGUGGGCCCUUAGCUCACGGACCCGCGCAAGGUUGGAGACUGGUGUUGGAGAUCGUGCUCUCGAAGAGCCUUAAAAGAUGGCCUCUUCAGAUCUGGAACAGAUAUGCUCUCAUAUUAAUGAGAAGAUUGGCAAUAUUAAGAAAACUCUGUCAUUAAGGAAUUGUGGUCAAGAACCUGCCUUGAAGACUAUAUUAAAUAAAAUAGGAGAUGAGAUCAUAGUAGUAAAUGAACUUCUAAAUAAAUUGGAAUUGGAAAUUCAGUAUCAAGAACAAACUAACCAUUCACUGAAGGAACUCUAUAAAUCUCUUGAAGAAGAUUAUAAAGAUGUGGAGCAUCUCAAAGAAAACAUUCCUCCCCAUUUGCCUCAAGUAACAGUAACCCAGACCUUUGUUAAUGUAUCAGAUCUUGACUCUGAAGAACCAGUCAAAGUUGAGGAACCUGUAUGCACCAAGAAGCCCGCUAAAGAACAAAAAAUUAAUCAUGUACUUAUUUACAGGUACAUGAAAUUGCGCUUAACCCAUUGUCAAAUUAAUGAUGUUAUUAAAGAAAUCAAUAAGGCAGUACUUAGUAAAUAUAAGAUCCUACAUCAACCAAAAAAGUCUGCUAUGAGUUCUGUGGCCAGAAAUCUCUAUCACAGAUUUAUUGAUGAAGAAACAAAGGAUACCAAAGGUCAUUAUUUUGUAGUGGAAGCUGACAUAAAGGAGUUCACAGCUUUGAAAGUUGACAAGAGGUUUCACGUGAUACUGAAUAUCUUACGACACUGCCGGAGGCUGUCAGAGGUCCGAGGCGGAGGACUCACUCGAUAUGUUAUAACCUGAGGCCCUUGGGAGCUUUUCGACGAGCCAGCAGUAGGGUAUAGAGGUUAUGUCUCUAAUUUCCUUGUAUGUAAUUUUUAAAUAUAUCAUUUUUUUAGCUUUUUAAUCAUCUCGUUGUAAAAAUAAAACUUUUUUUUAAAAAGUAUAUAUAUUUAAAAAUAAACUUUCAGCAAAUAUUUAACCACCUACUGUAUGAAUCUCUGUGCUAGACAUAUAAUAGAACUAAAAAAUGUUCAUAUGUAGUUUUUGUGUUUAGUGACAAUGCAACAGACCCCAAUAAGAUGGGCACAGAUGUGAUAAUGGAAGAAAAAUUCAAGAGGAUAAAGUCAAGGAUACCCAGGCUCUUUGGAAUGAACGGUCAUUAGUAUCUAAAUUCCAUCAGUGGCAUUUCAGUCUACAGGCAAAAGUUGGAUUUAGAGUCAGCCCAUCCAUGCGAUUAUUCUCCUUUCCCAUAUGUCGUUAGGAAGCAGCUUAUCUGGAAUGCAUUCAGUAUAAGCCAAUCUGUAAACAUCAAUCAACCUGUAAUGAAAUUAUAAUAAAAAUAGAUUAAGAUGAAAAA